CUGACACAAACCAGGGCCACAGCUCGUCGUUGCCUGAGUGGAUUCCACUGACUGGUCUCCCAAAGUGAUACACAGAGAUGGCUGAGGCACAUCAGGCGGUGGGCUUCCAGUUCACCGUGCGGCCCGAUGGCGUGGACCUUAAACUGAGUCAGGAGGUCAUCAAAAACAUCUACCUGUCAGGAGUGACGGCAUGGAAGAAGAGAGCCAUACAAUUCAAGAAUGGUGUGUUGGCCGGAGUCUAUCCAGCCAGCCCGUCCAGCUGGCUGAUAGUUGUGAUCGCAAUGAUGAGUUCCCUGUACAUUCGCAUAGACCCGUCUCUCGGUAUGAUUGACGCCAUCAAGGACAACCUUCCACAAAGAGACUGUAUAUCAGUGCAGACCCGGGCGGUGCUGAGUGCCAUCCUCUUUGCCACUGGACUGUGGCUGUUCCUCAUCUACCUCCUGAGAUACACCCUCAAAGCUCUGCUCUCUUACCACGGCUGGAUCUUUGAGUCCCAUGGAAGAAUGAGCACAUCUACCAAAGUGUGGCUGAGCCUGGUGAAGAUGUUCUCUGGACGCAGACCGCUGCUCUACAGUUUCCAGGCCUCAUUACCCAGACUCCCUGUGCCAAGUGUGGAUGAUACAGUUAACAGGUACCUCGAGUCAGUUCGUCCACUGCUGGACAGAGACCAGUACGACCAAAUGGAGAUUUCGGCAAAUGACUUUAAAGAUUCCCAAGCAGCCCAGCUCCAAAGAUACUUAAAGCUAAAAUCCUGGUGGGCAACAAAUUAUGUGAGUGACUGGUGGGAGGAGUACAUCUACCUCAGGGGCAGGAGUCCCAUCAUGGUCAACAGUAACUUCUAUAUAAUGGACCUCCUGUACGUGACCCCGACACACCGACAGGCUGCCCGCGUGGGGAAUGUGGUCCACGCCAUGCUGCAGUACAGACGCAAACUGGAACGUGGUGAACAUGAACCGCUGAGGGCCUUAGGGACCGUUCCAAUGUGUUCCUCUCAGAUGGAGAGGAUGUUUAACACCACCCGCAUCCCUGGCAUUGAAACAGAUAUUGUGCAGCACCUGACCGACCGCAAGCACCUGAUCGUCUACCACAGGGGCCGCUUCUUCCAAGUGUGGCUGUACACUGGAGGCCGCCACCUCUUACCCAGUGAACUUGAGACACAGUUUCAGAGGAUCCUCAAUGAUACAACAGAGCCUGAGCCAGGAGAGCUCAAAUUAGCUGCCCUGACUGCAGGAAACAGAGUUCCAUGGGCUCGUGCUCGGAUUAAAUAUUUCAGCCAGGGGGUAAACAGAGUAUCCCUGGAUGCCAUAGAGUCAGCUGCCUUCUUCCUGGCACUGGAUGACGAGCCGCAGGGUUAUGACCCCGCAAAGACCAACUCACUGGACAGUUAUGCCAAGUCCCUGCUGCAUGGAAAGUGUUAUGACAGGUGGUUCGACAAAUCUUUCACCUUGAUCUCUUACCCAAAUGGAAAAAUGGGUAUAAAUGCUGAACAUUCGUGGGCGGAUGCGCCGAUUGUAGGACACAUGUGGGAGUAUGUCCUCGCAACGGACUCCUUCCAUCUGGGCUACACAGAGGAGGGACACUGUAAAGGCGACGUGAACAAGAACCUGCCCCAUCCCACUCGGCUACAGUGGCGGAUUCUAAAGGAGUGUCAAGCAGUCAUCGAGACGUCAUACCUGUUAGCCAAGCAGAUAGCUGACGACGUGGACUUCCAUGCUCAUCUCUUCAGUGAGUUUGGGAAAGGCCUGAUCAAGAAGUGCAGGACCAGCCCUGACGCCUUUAUCCAGCUCGCCCUGCAGCUGGCACAGUUCAGGGAUCAGGGAGUGUUCUGUCUGACGUACGAGUCGUCAAUGACCCGCAUGUUCAGGGACGGUCGGACGGAGACCGUGCGCUCCUGCACCUCUGAGGCGGUUGCAUUUGUCAGAGCCAUGGAGGACACAGGUGCAACAAACACCCAGAGACUUGCCCUGUUUCGGAAGGCGGCUGAUAAGCACCAAAACAUGUACCGUCUGGCCAUGACUGGUUCUGGUAUCGACCGCCAUCUCUUCUGUCUCUACUUCGUGUCCAAAUACCUUGGUGUUGACUCGCCAUUUCUUAAAAAGGUGCUUUCCGAGACGUGGAAGUUGUCCACCAGCCAGACUCCACAGCAGCAGCUCAAUUUGGUUGACAUCAACAAGUUCCCUCAAUACGUGGGAGCUGGCGGUGGAUUUGGACCUGUGGCUGACGACGGUUAUGGUGUGUCUUAUAUCAUUGUGGGGGAGAACCUCAUCACAUUCCAUAUUUCCUGCAAGUUCUCCAGCCCUGAAACAGACUCAAACCGGUUCGGUCAGAACAUUCAGAAGGCCAUGCUCGAUAUCCAGGGACUCUUCAAGCCAGAAAAUAAUAAGAAGAUGGUGGAUGUUGGAAAGCAUGCACAGGUGGAAAAUGGUAAAAAGCACAUAUAACAGAGUCUGUGGGACGGAUUCACUUGAGAGUCUGUCUUUGACCCGUUUCAUUCAUAUGCAGGAAGUAAGUUCAAGUUGCACUUAAGAUCUUUUUGAUUAUCCGGUGGGUCAUUUUAGAAGGCGGCCAUUCCACUCAGAGUUGGUACCCCUGUAAUUUAUUUUUAUUUAUAUUGUACUUGUCGGUGGAAACGAUUGAAUCUUUUGUAAGAGGAAAUGUUGUGGUUCCAAAUGUUGGUUUUAUUGCAAACAAUAAACCACCAUUGCUGGAGAUAAAUGAACCUACAACAUUUCUCCAGGUAACGCAGGACUGUAUGUAAAUGUAACAUAAUAAAUCUUUGUUUAAUA